CUCCAGAAUCUCGCAUAUUUACUCGCCAUAUUUCUUGCACCCUUGACUCCAGCUCCCCAUCAUUCAUAUUUCUUCCAUUAACGGUGUAGCUCUAGUGCGUCUCUUCUCUAGUGCAUCUCUAGUUCGUCGCGCCAAACCUGCACAUCUCUCGCCGUUCACCUCUCGCAUAAGAAACUCCUCAAGAAAUCAUUCGAUUUCGGGACAUCCUCGAUUGACAACUUUAUUAGAGGCCGCGACUUCAAGCCGAAAUGGCGCAGCAGCAAGCUCCGAACAUGCAGAACAUGGCACCAGCGGGAGCGUACGUCGCUCCGCCUCCCCCAUACGCCGCGGCAGUGCCAGCGCCCGCGGGCACUCCGGACGGGUGCUGCGCGAACAACAAGCGAUCAGCGCUGUACACGUGGCUCCCUCUCAGCCUUCGCAUCGGAAUCUUUCUAUGGUGCCUCAUCUCGUUCAGUCUGUGCUUCGCUGUCAAAGGGGGGGUGACGGUGUACGGCGCGGGAGCGUACCUGGUGGCAAUGACGAUCCUCGGGUUCAUAUUCGCCAUACUGUUCAUCAUCUACAACGUCGUGCGCAUCUUUGUCGCGGGCUCGGAGGUCUACGACGCCAAAAUGGACCUCACUCAGCUCUUUGAGACUUACAUUAUGUCAAUUUUACUCUUCGCAGCCGCCACGUCAGCUGCAGCUGCGAGUAGCUUGUGGUGGACCGCCACUACAACGGCAAGUCUAUGGAGCGGUUGGCCAUAUGGCUACUACGACCCUGAGUCGGAGCUCGGAAAGGUUCGCGGAGCCUCUGCCAUGGCGUAUUUGGCGUCGUUCACCUACAUCGCACUCUACUGGUACUACAACGUCCGCCUGUUCAAGCGUGCGGUCCUCAAGGCUAGCUUGGAAGCAGCAGCGCCCGCAGUGCAGGCAGCCAAGGACAACGUCCCUCCUUACAAUGUGUGACGGCUGAAGGCUUGCAAGCUGCACUGUAAUUGGAAGUCAGUCAGAGUAGAUUCCGUAGCUCGUGUCAGUCUCGAGGCCAUCUAGCCUUGGGUCUUCAAUCACUAGGAAGGUCUGACACGGACCAUCAGAUUUGCCUGACUUCGAGUUUGACACGAGCUGUAGAAUUGACCUCCAAUGCUCUGACCACAGCCUGUUUUCUUUCUCAUCUGAUUUUGUGGUACUCUAGGACACUUGUUGUCACGGCAAAGAUGAGCUUCAGACUGUGGCUGUGGUGGUUUGUGCUCGCUUGUUACUCGUCAAUGCUAGCAAGGCGGAGUUUUUCUCACGCCUCUGGAUAGGAUUCGAAGUACUUUUUCUUGUAAGGGUACUCGCUUGCUGCCACUUUUUCUGUAAGGGUUUUUUUUUUAGCUACUUUGUAAUAUAAGGGUCCUAAAUAU